CAACUUUAUCAACCACAAUGACUCCAAAUCUUCUUCAAGCCUUUGCGAUACUGUCUAUGCUGUGCUGCAGCACCACGGCACAGUCGUAUAAUGACACGAAAACACUCAUAAAUGACUUAAUGGGCACCUACAAUAAAAAAGUUCGACCUGUAGAAACAGUGUCUGAAGUUCUAAAUGUUUCUUUGACAUUUUAUCUGUCAUCAAUCAUCAGCUUUGAUGAACAAGAGGAGAGUCUAACAACUGCUGGAUAUUUAAGAAUACUUUGGAAAGACAGAAGCCUGGUUUGGCAAACGUCUCAAUAUAAUGGCGUUGCAAUGAUGUUUGUACCCCAAGAUGAUAUAUGGAAGCCGGACAUAUCUCUGAGAAAUUCAUUUUCAACUUUUACUGGCCUAGGUUCCUCCUACCAGAACGUUAUUGUAGAAAAUGAUGGUACAGUCUACUGGGAUCCAUUUCAAGUCAUGAAGUCAACCUGUUCUGUUGAUAUUACAUAUUACCCGUAUGACACCCAAGAAUGCACCAUUAAGUUAAUCACAUGGAGUUACACGAAAGAUGAUGUUAAUCUGCUUUCACAUUCUGGAAUAAUAAAAAGCGAUUAUUCCGAGAGUUCAACAUGGAACCUUGUGAAAUCUACGUUCGAAGUCGAUAAUGAUAUAAUAGCCUCGAUAACUUACACGUUAACACUGGAGAGGAAACCGCGAUUUUACGUAUUCAAUAUGAUACUGCCGGUAAUACUACUGUCCAUCCUGAAUUUAUUUACAUUCGUUUUACCUUUAUCAUCGGGAGAGAGAGCUUCGUACGGCAUUACUGUGUUUUUGUCUCUUGUUGUUUAUCUUACACUUGUAGCUGCUGAAUUUCCAAAGAAUUCGGACACAGCAUCACACUUGGCUGUUUGGCUUAUUAUUAUGGUGUCCCUAAGUACACUGGCCGUGAUACUUACUAUUAUUGAAGCUAGAAUGGUCAGUAGAGACGAAGGCAAUCAUCCGAUUGGCAAAUAUUAUAGAAAAUUCUAUGGCAUUGUCAUGUACCUUCGAUGUAAGUCAUGCAAAAAACGUGUAAAUCGUGUAGAGUCGAAAGUUGCUUCGUCCAAACAAGAUAUCAUAUCUUCUUAUUCAGAUGAGGAGUUUAACCCUGAUCUGAAGUGGAAGGAUAUUACAGAUGCGAUGGAUUAUGUUUUCUUUUUGGGCAUAGUCAUCUUCACCAUACUCAUCACUCUAAUUUUGCUUCUGAUGCUAAUGUUUAACGCAGACAAGGUGACAGGGGGAUACUCAAGUUAUGAGCAAUAGAACUUAUCGUUGUACAUUAAACGACUUUGAGUCACGUUACAUGAUAAGGUUUUAUUCUCUUUUGAGAACCGUUUAUUAAUCCCUUUAAUGUCAAUUUCAAUCCUAUUUCUCGAACAAACAUUGGAUUUCGAUGAAAGUGAAAGAACAUAGAUAACUAGAGGAUGUUUUGAAAGUAAAUAAUUGUAAUGCAAAUACAAACAACUUAAAAAAAUACUGUUCACGUAUUUGAUUACAUGAUUUCGUGUUUCUGCUUUCAAUUUAUAUUCGUAUAUAGUCACAUCCAUAAUCGUCAUUUGUUAUAUGAAUAAAUCCUUUCUUCUUAUUACUUAAAAAUGAUGGCAGUUCAAUGCGGAUAAAAGCAGCUUCCGGAGAGUAUCUUCAUCUAUCUAUGUAAUGUCUAUCAAUUGAUUCAAUUCUCCAUCCGACACUUUCAGGAAUUCAAGUUGCGAUUCUGUUAAUGAUUUCAGCAAAUGCUUAAUUUAAUCUUUAAACCUUUUCGUAUUUCAUUGUAAUUUAAUAUAACAAUAAAGCUUUUGAUUUAAGAUAAUUUGACUUUUAAACUGCAUCUGCUUGGCUGCUUUUUAACAGAGGUUUACAAAUUAAAAAAACAACACUUUUAUCUUUAUAACAUUAGAAAGUGUUCUAAUUCGAGUUAAUAAGAUUCUUCUUUUUAGAUGGCUAUAUUUAAUUCAUGUAUCAAUAUCAAACAUUUUCAUGCAUUCAUUUUGAGAUCUUUAAAUCUCCAUUUCUAAUAUAUAUUUAUUUUAAAUCUUUAGGCAAAAUAAUA